AUGCCCUUACUGGCUGCGGCUGCGGCGGGAGGACGCCGGCGUCUUGUCGAUCUGUGCGCAACGGCUCCCACGGCGUUCAACUGGCAGGAGCCGCUGGGACAGAACGGCAUCCCACCAUGGUCAUCAUUGCCAAGUGAGACCAAAAACCAGGUGUUGUUCGGCGCCUCCUUCUUGGUGUUCCUAUUGGUUUGCUUGGGUGUCUGCUGCCUCUUCUGCCGCGAGGACAAGGACGACGAGCAGGAUACCACUAGGUUUGUUCUUGGACCGUGGGGCAACAACGACGACGGCGAAGUUGUCAGUGCUCCACCGCCGCCGCUGCAGGAGCAGCAACCGCUGCCCGCAAGCGGUGAUGGCAGUGCACCGCAGAGCAACAGCGGCCAAGAUGACAGACCUCCGCGGCGACGGCGGCGGCGGCGGCGGCAGCAGCCGCCCGCCGUGGCAGAGGUGCCCGCGGCCGACGUGGAGUUAGCGCUGGGCGAGGUGCAGUUGACGCAGGCCGGCGUGGAGUGGAUGCUGGCUAACAUGGAGUUGCUGGCGCCGGCGGCGGACGUGGACAUGGCGCCAGCGGCUGACGUGGAGAUUGCGCCAGCACCGGAGCCGGCGCCAACGCUCAAGUGCAAGUUCAGUACGGCGGAGGGGUGGACCGAGGGGACGUGCUCCGUGUGCCUGUCGGAGCUGGUCGACGGCGAGAAGGUGAGGGUGCUGACAGCGUGCAUGCACUACUUCCACGCCACCUGCAUCGAGACGUGGCUGCGCGGGAACGCCACCUGCCCACUCUGCCGCGCCCCCGCCAUGGCCGUCCCGGCCAGAGGCCGCCGGCGCCGGCGCCCGGCAGACCCAAACCUGGGCCUAGCCUAG